AUCAUGGUCCCACUGUUCCUGUCCCUGCUGGCAGCCCUGGCCCAAGUCCCUGUGGCCUCAGCUGAUGCCCUGGAAAGAGAGAGCUCCGAGGACCGAGCUUUCCGGGUGCGCAUUGCUGGCGACGCCCCGCUACAGGGCGUGCUGGGCGGGGCCCUCACCAUCCCGUGCCACGUGCACUACCUGAGGCCCCCGCCCAGCCGCCGGGCGGUGCUGGGCUCUCCGCGGGUCAAGUGGACCUUCUUAUCCGGGGGCCGUGAGGCCGAGGUGCUGGUGGCCCGAGGGCUCCGCGUCAAGGUGAGCGAGGCCUACCGGUUCCGCGUGGCGCUGCCCGCCUACCCUGCGUCCCUCACCGAUGUCUCCCUGGUGCUGAGCGAGCUGCGGCCCAACGACUCUGGCAUCUACCGCUGCGAGGUCCAGCACGGCAUAGACGACAGUAGCGAUGCUGUGGAGGUCAAGGUCAAAGGGGUUGUCUUCCUCUACCGGGAGGGCUCUGCCCGAUAUGCCUUCUCCUUCGUUCGGGCCCAGGAGGCAUGUGCCCGCAUCGGGGCCCACAUCGCCACCCCUGAGCAGCUGUAUGCCGCCUACCUCGGAGGCUAUGAGCAGUGUGAUGCCGGCUGGCUGUCGGACCAGACCGUGAGGUAUCCCAUCCAGACCCCACGAGAGGCCUGUUAUGGAGACAUGGAUGGCUUUCCUGGCGUUCGGAACUAUGGGGUAGUGGACCCAGAUGAUCUCUAUGACGUCUACUGUUAUGCAGAAGACUUAAAUGGAGAGCUAUUUCUGGGUGCUCCCCCAGAUAAGCUGACUUUGGAAGAGGCAAGGAUCUACUGCCAGGAGAGGGGUGCAGAGAUUGCCACCACGGGUCAGCUGUAUGCAGCCUGGGAUGGUGGCCUGGACCGUUGCAGCCCAGGGUGGCUGGCUGAUGGCAGUGUGCGCUACCCUAUUGUGACACCCAGCCAGCGCUGUGGAGGGGGCCUACCUGGUGUCAAGACCCUCUUCCUCUUCCCUAACCAGACUGGCUUCCCCAACAAGCACAGCCGCUUCAAUGUCUACUGCUUCCGAGACUCUGCCCCACCCUCUGGCAUUCCUGAAGCCUCUGACCCAGCCUCUGAUGGACUGGAGGCCAUCGUCACAGUGACGGAGACUCUGGAAGAGCUGCAGCUGCCUCAGGAGACUGUGGAAAGCGAGUCCCGUGGAGCCAUCUACUCCAUCCCCAUCAUGGAGGAUCGAGGUGGUGGCAGCUCCACUCCUGAAGACCCCGCUGAGGCCCCUAGAACACUCCUAGAACUGGAAACUCCAUCCAUUAUACCGCCCACGGAGUCCUCAGAAGAGGAAAGCAAGUUGUUGGAGGAAGAAGAGAAAUAUGAGGGUGAAGAAGAGAAAGAGGAAGAAGAGGAUGUGGAGGAUGAGGCCCUGUGGACCUGGCCGAACGAGUUUGGCAGCCCGAGCUCAGAGCCGACUUUCCCCACUGAAUCAGCCGUGGAGUCUCUGUCCCAGGCGUCCUCACCAGCGAGGGGGAAGCUGCGACCUGGUGCAUCACCGCCUCCUACUGGAGAGUCAGAGGCUCCCAGACCUCCACGGGUCCGUGGGCCACCCACUGAGUCCCUUCCCACUCCUAGAGAGGGGAAACUGGCAUCACCACCACCUCCAACACCAUUUGGGGCAAGAGAAAUUGGGGAAGAGAUUGGGGGUCCUGAGUUGUUGGGGGUCCCCCGAGGAGAGAAUGAGGAGACAGGGAGCUCCGAGGAUGCCCCUUCCAUGCUUCCAGCCACUCGGGUCCCUGAGGGCACCAGGGAGUUGGAGUCCCCCUCAGAAGAGAAUUCUGGAAGAACUGCCCCAGCAGGGACAUCAGGGCGAGCCCAGCCAGUGCUGCCCACUGACAGCGCCAGCCGCGGUGGAGUGGCCGUGGCCCCCUCAUCAGGUAAUUCUGCCCAAGGCCCCAUGCUCCUCUUUAUCCUCCUUUUCCUGCCCUUACAGCUCUGGGUCACUUGA